UCUUUAUGAGGCUCCUAUUUUUAGUUUUAGUGUAAAAUUAUAUAUAAUUGCCAAAGUUAAAAGUACAAGUUCAAGUUAUAUUAGAUUUGAGUUAAGUGGUUAUGUUAGUUAUUCUGGUGGGAGUGAAAAUUCUAGUUACGAUUUUACUUUUUGGGAUAAUGCUAUUUUUAAAUCCUCAACUUCCACUGCAGAAUUGUCUAGAGUCCGGUCAGAUUAUUACAGUUUACAAAGUUCUUAUUCAAGUUUACAGUCAAGAAAUUCUAAUUUACAGUCGGAAGUUUAUAGUCUCCAAAGUCGAAAUUCCAGUCUCCAAUCAGAAGUUUCCGGUUUGAGGUCGCAAAACUCUGCAAAGGAUGGUCAAAUAGCAACGCUUAACUCUAAAUUAGCAAAUGUUCAAAACCAGUUGAAGAAUAAAGAAGGAGAAUUAAUGACAACUAAAAAGGGAUUGGAGGAGUUAAGAAGUUCGUUUAAUAAUUUAACAAUAGCGAGUAAUGAUAAGGAUCAUGAAUUAAGAAAAAAAGAAAGAAAAAUUAGAGAAUUAAAAGAAUUGUUGGGUAAAACAAGAGAAGAGGUUAUUGAAUAUAAGUUAAAAUCCAAAGAAAGUAAUUUGGAAGUUCUUAUGGAAAAAUUGGAAAUUAGUCGGGCGAAAGUUAGAGAAUUACAGAAAGCCUACCAACAAUUAGUUAGUUCCCAGGAGAAUGGUAAGCAGAACGAGAUUGAUGUUGCUGAGGAUAAAGUUGAGGAUAUUAAGGAUGAACUAUUAGAAAAAAAAAUCGAUGAAAAUGAUGUCCGGAAAUUUUUCCGUAAAUGUGAAAGUAUUGCCAAGUUAAAAGUUGAGCAGGACAAACUGUAUAAAGAGAGGUUUGAAGCAAAGCAGGAG